AUGCAUCUUGAUGACCCUGACCUGCUCCACAAUAUCAACCGUGUUAUUCGCGAAAUGGGGUUAGUCGGUAAAGCGGUUACAUUUCGGAUGGACCAAGAAGCGGCUCUUGGAGCCCUUGCCGAGAGACUCACCAAGUGCGAAAGUAGCCCAGCCAGCGCAACUUUGAUUGACGUGGUUCCGGGCUACAGGCCCCAGUCGAAGGGAUCGAUUGAGCGGCAGGUUGAAACUAUGAAGCAGGGUUUCUGGUCUGUUUGGUUGGACCUUGAGAAAGAGAUUGCUAAGGUGAAGGAAGGUGAUGCCGUGGAACUUGGUAAGUAUCAGUUUCCUUUGGGGGGUUUGCUUUGGCAAGCCUGUGUGUUCUAUGUUGCUAGGUGCUACAACCUCUGGUGUACCAGCAUUGGGGAUUCAAGCACCAGCAUUGAUCGGCUACAUGAGGAGAUUGUGAACCGGACUCGCACGAGGCCGUUUGGAUGUCUGGUACAAGCUCAGGUCAGUAAGUCCAAGGCGCACCAUGAUAAGUUCAGAGGCGCCCGAACCGUAAAAGCGGUCUAUCUGGGACCGGUGCACGCCAAAGGUGGCGGCAUCUUUGCCGUCCCUGUCGGAAGCAGGGAAAUAGAUGUAUUCCCCGCAGCCAGGAUGAUUCAGGGAGGUGACAUCUACGAUGCCAAGACCCUGGAAGAACUAGCUUUAGCUCAGCCUCUUGUUCUGGACACUGAGGACCCCGAGAGGCCCAUCAUGUUUGAUCCUUUGGAGGCCCCUGGUGAUGAUGCUCCUGAUGAGGGGGCUGGGGAAGUCAUGGAUGAAGAUGGUGAUGAAGAGAUGAUUGAAGAAGAGCUAGCUGACUAUUCUCCUUCGGAGGCCCCUGAGAACCAAGAGGUCAUCAACGAUGAGGGGGAUAUGGAAAUAGACUGGCUCACGAAUCACCAUCUUGAGUCUCUGUUUCGAGGGCCUGACCUUCGAGCAACAUCCUCUGCCGUUUCUAAGUCGUUUGAUUUGAAGUUUGGCGGUACUAAGAUCAGGUGUGCUGUUCCACAGAACGCUGUGUCGGAGACUUCUGGAGAGAAACUAGAACCAGACCUGCUGUGUGCAUCCAUGAAGCUUGAAUUGGAGGAAUUGGAAUCCUUCAAGGUUGGGGAAGUGAUCCCCGAGCGAGAAGCUCGGCGUCUUGCGAAGGAAAACGGACGGCGUGUGCUCACGAGCCGUUGGGUCAAUACGGUCAAACGCAAGGGACUGUAUAGGUCCAGAUUAGUCGUGCGUGACUUUGCCGCGAUGGGCGGCACCACCUUGAGUGAGGGAAUAUAUUCUCCUACGACUUCAUUGGAGGGUCUGAGAUUGCUACUCUCCAUGCUCUGCCGACGCGGCAGUGUGUUAUCCUGCGACGUCUCCGUGGCGUUCAUGCAUGCACCAGUAGCGAGGGCAGAAUUCGUAGAGUUGCCGAAUAAUGUGAGCACCCAGAGCACUGGGGAACGAGUCUUCGUCAAACUUAGAAAAGCGAUGAACGGAUUACGCUCUGCUCCAUUAUCAUGGUAUUGCGAACUGUCAGAAUAUUUGCGCUCUCAGAACUUCGAAGCAAGUUUGGACCCCACUAUAUUCCGUCGUCUUACGAAGAAGGGUUUGACGAUUGUGUUAUUUUAUGUGGAUGACUUGCUUAUCUACAGUGAAGAUGAAGCAGAGGGGCGCAGGUUCUAUGAGGAGCUGCGAAAGAAAUACAAACUGAAACUUACGGGUGAGUUGAUUCAGGAUUGCCCUGGUGAAGUUUCGUUUCUCGGUCGGAGGAUUUUCCGCCGUAAGAAAGGAGAGCGGGCUGUGUAUUUCGGGCUAGACGAACAGUACUUGAGUUCCUGUUGCGAGGAGUACGGAAUCACCAAGCCUGCCCCAAAGCUCCCUUCCCUCGAACGCCGCUACGCUGAAUUGCUGAAGAAAGGCCAGACUGAGUUGAUCAGCCCGGCUGCUCACGAAAGGUACAGGAGGACUUUGGGCCGUUUGGCCUGGGCGGCUCUUUCUCGACCAGACCUGCAGUUUGUGUGUGGGUUUUUGGGCCGUCACCAGGCAGCUCCUGAUGAGGCUGCUGAGACCUGUAUGAGGGAUGUCCUUCGUUGGGUCAAGGGUCUUCCGCACAAAGUCCAGAUGUUUCCGAGUCAGAGGGAGAUCUUGGAAGAUGAUGCGGACCCUGCCUCUGUAUCUUGUUUUACGGACGCCAGUUGGAGUCUGAAUUCGGUGAGCGGGGGUAUUAUCACUUGGGAAAACUGUGCCCUCAAGGGCUUUAGCAGAAAACAAACGACCACCGCACUCUCCAGUGCGGAAGCCGAACUCGCUGCACUCACAGAGGUUGCGCGUGAAGGAUUGUACAUUGCUUUGCUGGUGGAGACCAUCCGCGAGGGUAUGCCGAAAGACAGGGAAACCGGUUAUUAUGUUCUUCGGGGAUAUUCCGAUUCAGAAUCGGCGGUUUGUAUCUCGAAGAUGCAGACCCUCCUGAGAAAAGUGAGGCACAUUGAACUUCGUGCCGCGUUCCUUCAGGAGCUCGUUGCCCGAGGUCGUUUUACUAUCGAACACAUACCAGGUGUGAUAAACCCUGCCGAUGCCCUCACGAAAAGCCCAACCAACGAAAGCUUGGCUAGUUUGUACGAUGCCUCCGGGCUUGUGGAUGAACCGAAGGCCUGGGAGAACGAGCCUUCUGGGGUGCACGUCCUCGAGAUCGCCUACUUUGGGGUGUGGUCCACCUUGCCUGCAGAUGUGUGUUUGCAGUUUGAGCAGGCUGGCUUUAAAGUGCCGGCCCCGAAGCAGGAAGAUGUUGACCUACUCAGCCUUUUGCAGCGCAACCGUGAUGAUCUCCCCCAGGAAGUCCUGGAUGCUCUGCCAGCAGCACCGGUCCCUAACCCAGUGCAGGAAGGUAAGGCUGCAGGUGUUGAGUGGCGUAACUCAGUUGGUAAGUUGCGUGACCUCGGCCAGCGCAAGCUGAAGCUGCAGGAAGACAUUGACCUGGCCAAGGCAAACCUUAGGGCCCUGCUGACGAAGAUGCAAGAUUUGCAGACCUCCAUCCAGGAGGCACAGACUGAGGUCAAUAAAGCCACUCAGGAGUAUGAAACCAAGGUUCUCACGCAGUGCAAUGAAGAGGCCAACCAUGGAGUCGAGUCUGUGUUGCAGGCCCUGGGGAUUCAGGAAGAGGCCCUUACGGAGGCUCAAAAGCGCAGUCUCGAAGCUCUCAAGAAGGAAAACGCAGACGAGGCCAAGCGCCGCAAGACCCAGCAGCAGGAGCAAUUCCCGCCGGGAUUGGCUCCUCAGUUGCGCUCGGCGGCCCAUGUCACUGAGGCCAACAAGGAAGCCGAAGAUGCCAAAGGGCCGCCCAGCCAGCCAGUCAAGGAGCGCAGCCGUGAGGUUUUGCGUGACUUGGAAGUUUCGGAGCCUAGCGCAAGCCCUGACGCGUCACCUGUGCCCUAUUUCAAGUGCUGGUACUGUGGCCUCCCGUUCGUGCCAACAGCCGUGGGAGUCCAGAUUUGCAGCUGCAGUGCCGGAAUCCAUGUUCGAUCUUCACCAAUUGAGGCUCGGGCCAGCAUUUGUCGUGCUGACGUGCGCCUGGUCGGAGCCUCACCUCAGGGUUCGAGGCUCCUGCCGACUCUGUCUGACCAGCCAGAGCAGCUAGCUGAGGGGUUUGCUUAUCCCAAGGUUGUGGGACGACCCGUGUGCCCCCCCUCUAGCUGCCCACUGACUGGACCCAAGUUUUUCCACUCUGCCUUUUUCUCUGAGCCAGCUGACUGCAAGCCACAUGAACCAUGGGACCGCAAGAAACCUUUGUUGUGUCGUGGACCGAUCAUGCCCUUUUUGGAACGGCACGGUUCCCACUAUGAUUCUGCAAUCCAGUCAACAGGGUCGGCCGAAUUGUCCGUUAACCCUUCAAAUUCCACAACUCCGCCGAUCCACUCAACAGGGUCGGCCGAAUUGUCCGUUAAAUACUCAAAAUCCACAAUUCCGCCGAGCCCAUUUGAGGUGUUCCAGGGUGAGCCAGGGUCUAGCCCACCCAGCUGGGGCUGCAUGCUAAACUUGAGUGCAUAUAAAGCUUUGCAUCCUACCUGGAACCAGGAGCCUGACCUUUUGCACCUCGCCGAAGGGCUUGAGGAGCAAUGCCAGGAGGGCACCUUGGAACACUGGGUCCUUUUUAAGUCUUUGGAGGCCACUGAGAUUCAGGAUCACAGCCUUGAGACCUGGGCCCGCAUCGCUCGUGCUUCUGAGGACUUAGUUCACUCUUUUUCCUCGGGUCAGCCUCGUACUUUCAAGUUUGUCUCGGCAAAUGUGACUUCCUGGAGACCUGAACUUAGGCAGUGGCUGGUCUUUCACCAGUUUGAUGUGGCCUUGAUUCAGGAGCACCACCUUUCGGAGAGGGCCUUUCAUGCUGAAACGGUGGCCCUCGCCAAGGCAGGCUACCAUGUCCAUGGCCAGCAUUCCCCUGUUCGCAAGCGGGAGAUUGGGGGUGUGAUGGUGUGUGUUAAGUCGCAUUUGCAGGCCAGACACGUUCACACCUUUCAGGAUCCUGAAACGGGCUGUGGUUUCGUAGCUGUCGCUAUUCGGGUGACGGGUUUCGACUUAGCCCUCUUGUCGCUGUAUCUUGAGUCAGGCAGCACUUUUGAAGGCCGGGCCAAUACCUUGGUCCUGUCCAAUAUGUAUGCAGUGAUUGCCUCGCUCAAGUGCCCGUGGUGCGUGGUUGGAGACUGGAACCUAGAUGCUUGUGAGGUCCUCGCCACCAGGCUUGAGGACCUCACAAAGGGUCGGUUACUUGGUACUGGGAUGCCUACUGCAGGCACCGCAGCCGAGCUGGACUAUGCACUGGUCCACCCCCGGUUGGCCUCGCAUCUUUCGCUUGAGCUUGCCUGGGAUGUUCCCUUUAAGCCCCAUGCGGCGCUUAAGUGCACCCUUCCUCUUAAGUCUUUGCAGGACCUCCAGCCAAAUUUGCGCUCCAUCACUGACUCCUUUGACCCUAUUCUUGACGACCAGCGCAAUUUGCAACCCCCGGUUGUGUCACCGCAGAGGGUCACCCUCCUGGAAAUCGAGGCUUGUGACCCCGCCUCCCUCGCCUUUGCGGAGUUUUCUGCCACCGCUGAGGCCUCAGGUUUACUCGGUAGGACCAUGGGCAGGGGGGUAAACUUGCCGACGAUUCGUCAGCCGGCCGUGUCGCAACCCCCCAAUGACUACCAGUGGUUUGGUCACGAGCACUCUGUCUGGUCCCAGCUCGCAGGCCGGUUCAAGGCUGGGGGGCCGCCCAAUGAAACCCUUUCCCUGCUCUCCAAGCUCGGCCCUGAGCAUCAUCAAUGGGCAGACGAAGCCCGGGACACUGUUUCAAAUCAUCGUGACCUCGCUGCCCUGAGGUCCCAUGCUGAGGCGCAGGCCAAGCUUGCUAAGACCGCUCAGCAGGGAGCGCAGGCGGAGUCAUAUCAACAAUGGCUGUUUGGAGCCCUGUCGGCUGGCAUGGGGCCGGUGUAUCGUGCCCUUAAAAGCCACGAACAGACUCUCGCCCGGCCCUUUCGGGACCAGUCGGCCCUUGCCCGGGCUUACUGUCGCAUGGAGUUCUGGAGCCGCAUCUGGGAUGCGACAAUUGUGCCGCCUCAGCCUCACCUGUCUGCAGAGCGCCUCGCCUUAAGGGCUGAGGCCCUGCAGCAGGCGCAGGAUCUGUCACCGCUAUCUUGGGAGCAGGUCAAGACAGCGUGCCUGGCCACGGGCAACAAGAAGGGAGGCCUUGAUGGUUGGUCGUACAAGGCUCUGCGUAACCUCCCUGACUUCUGCUACCGACAGCUUGCGGGGCUCUUUCGUCUUGCUGAGACGGACCUUACUUUGCCGCUUCAAAUGCUUACGGUGCAGGUCGCCCUUCUUGCAAAAACCCCAGAAAAAGAGCGCCCCAUAUCUCUCACAUCGGUCCUUUGGCGAGUGUACAGCAAGCUGCGACGCCCGCUCCUGGAGAGCUGGUUAAAGGAGUACGCGGCCUUUGCCCCUUUCGACUCCGCCACCCCAGGACACACUUCCCUUGACCCAGCACUUUCUCGCUUGAUCAAGGCAGAAGAUCAUAAGUUUCGCAAAGUUACUUUCAUAACUUUGUUCGUUGAUCUUGAAGGUUUCUAUGAUGGGGUAGAUUUUUCUCGACUGAUAUCACAGGGCAAAGCUUUGUCAUUUCCACCCUUGCUUUUGGAACUUAGUCUUCAGCUUUACAAUGGGCCUCGUUGUCUCCAUGGCGAGGGGGUCAGCACUGUUGCUUUGUGGCCCCAGAGGGGCAUCCUUCAGGGGUGCCCGUACGCACCCACGGUUGCAAAACUCACCACUCAUGCUCCGCUGCAGGGCAUCUCCCAGCACCGUGGGGUCAGCCAUGCUGAUUUAUGGCUUGAUGACAUCAGUGUCGAUGUGUCUCAUGCUGACCCGGAGGUUGCGGCCUCUUUGGCCCUGUCGGCCUCCAGGAAAUUGGAGGCCCUGCUUUCCGUUGAGAAGCUUCGCAUUAACAAAACCAAAACCAAGUUUGUUGUCAAUAGUGCCAAGGCGGCCAAAGCACUCAACAGUAUGCGUGUUGAAGGCGAUCCUCAGGUUGCUGACUUGGUCCGGGACCUUGGACUUGACUCGGCAGGUGCCAAGCGCAGAAGGGUUACGCAUGCUUUGAAACGCUUCAAGGUCGGCCGCGCCCGAAACCAGAAACUUCACCAACUUGGCACAGGCUGCAAAGCCCACAGGUUGUAUGCCACUUCCAUUCUUACGGCCGAGAUCUAUGGUUGCCAGGGACAGGGCUUGUCCCCCAAAAGGCUCAAGGUCGUUCGCGCAUCCAUCUCCAGGCAUGUUGGGCGGUCCAAGUGGGGCUCUGUCGACGUGUCUCUGGACUGUAUGUCCUUUCGUUGCCAAGACCCAUUGUUGACAGUUGUCCUUGCGCAGGCUGAUGCUUUGUAUAAAAUGUUCGGCCCCUCCACGGCACAAGGCUGGGAAAUCCUAGCCCGCACCUGGAAGGUGGCCUGGACUCGCCAAGAGGCGGCCGUGCAUGGAUGGAAGUGUGUUGCAGGCCCGGUUGCUGCUAUGGUGCAGUAUUGUAUUGAUUUGCGCAUCAAUGUCAGUGAUCCUCUGCGCUGGGUUCAUAGCAGCGGGGUUCUUCUGCUUGAUGUCACCAACCCUGGCCUUUUCCUGUCAGUUCGCCGCUUUCUCACUCAGGUUGUUGCCCUUGAAAGGGCUUCCCGCUUUGGUGCAGUCCUCACGGCCCAAGGUGCCCAGCAAGGAGUUGACUGGUCAGUCCACCGAAAGCUCUUGAAGGUUUCCAAGCUUUCAUCCCCGCGAUGGGCCUUUCAUGCCGUGUGGCAAGGACGCACCUUGCACGCUGGGAACGGGGGGUUUUCGCAUUGCGCAUGCGGGGCUGAGAAUACCCUGCACCAUGUCUACUAUGAGUGCCCGCUUGCGCCUGCUAAGUUAAGCCCGGCCCUCCGUAGUUUUCAGCGCAAACACCCAGACCCCUGCUUCUGGCUACGAGGAAUGGUCCCAAAGGCUUGGACGACCCCGCAGGUCUCGGCCUCAGCUUUGGAAACCAGGGUGACAGGGCUGUUUUGUCAUCAGCCGGUUGAUGUCACUGGGCUCCUCAUAGGUACUGAUGCUAGCGGAGGUCCCAAUACCCACGACCCUCGCCUUAGGGCUGUAGGGUGGUCGGUCGUGCUUUGCGAACUCCGCGCUGAUUGCCUUAUUGAGCACGGGACCAUCUCAGGCCUUCUUCCGCCGGGCAGCACGGUGCCUCAGGGGGAGUCCCUCGCAAUCAUUGAAGCCCUCAAGGCUACCACUGGCAGCUUUGACCUCACAGGUGAUUGCAAGCCGGCUCUCAAAGCCCUGGCUGCCAGAGCUCUCAACAAAAAACAUAUCCCUGAAUGGGGUCCAGUCUGGCAGGAGCGAGCAAGGGCUCAACCGCACUGGGUUAGGAGCCACUGCACGGCUGAGGCCUUUGAGGCUGAAUUCCCUGGUCAGCUUUGGCGCCGCGAGCUCAAUGCCAAAGCAGACACUCUCGCAGGGAGCCGAGCUGCUGCUGCAUGCACCCCGCAUUUUGUACGCAAAGUAAAGGAACUCGACCUGGUAACCCGGGAACUCAACUGUUUUCUCGCCUCCAGGGCUGAGAAGCUGAUCAAGGAAAAAGCCCAGGGUUUUGUUCCCCGCUCCGCUAGAGAUUCCUUAAGCCAGUUUGACAAGCCUCGGUCGCAAGCUGCAGCUGUGUCUGCAAGCACUAAAGUUCCGCCGCCUAACAAAAAACAGCGCCUGAAGCAGUUGCUGGACUCCCCUGAUCCAGCACUUGGUCAUGAUUGGAAAGCCCGCGAGACUAAGGCCGCCAACAACUUCUCGGUUGGUGGAGUCUCCACCCGAUCUAUUGCCAGUGCUUUUCAAUCUGCCAGCACCUUCGGUGCCGGCCCUAUGCCAGAGCGUGUUUCUGCAGUUCCUAAGCUUGGCCUUUUGAGCGCUGCCCAGGUCAACCCUCCAGCUGGGCCCGUCGCCUCCUCUGCAGCGGCUGCCCCAAGGUUGCCGGAGUGCCAAGGCGAGGUCACUCAGUCCACAGGAGUGCAAGGAGCAGUUGGUCAGUCCGUUUCUGUAGGUUUGCGAUCUCAGUUAGGCAUGCCAGCAGCUGUUCCGCCAGCCCAAGGCCUGCUAAGCAUGGCGCCCAAGCAAGAAGGGCGGCACAUAUCCACGCAACUCCGCCGUGAGGAGCGGGGAUUAUCAUGGAAAUCAGCGGCGACGAUAGACCGACAGCGGGGCCGUAAGAAAGCCCGCAAACAGAAGAAGCGCCGCGAACAAUAUGAGCACGCUGGCAGGAGAACUGAGGAGGCUUGGCCGCCCCCACCACCUCCACCAGGACCUCGUGCGGAGGCGAGACAUCUUGAAGCUGAGGAGCUGCCGUACGACUUGGAGGAGCCCUCGCCUUCAGGGCUGAGGGCUCCCUCCACUGCGGCUGCUUCCAGCAGCCAGGGCCCAGCACGGGAGGAGCCCUCGCCUUUAGGGCUGAGGGCUCCACCCCCUACGGCUGCUGCAUCCAGCAGCCAAGGCUUACCUUUGCAACGACUUUCAGAAGCUGAAGAGCCACCGGUGGACCAGGACGACUCCAGCAACUGUCUUCAAUCUGACAGCAGUGAGACACCACAGCCUGCAGUCGCGCUGAAAGAUCGCCCAAGUGACUUUGGCCCUCUUCUUCAUGAGGAUGGCCUAAUCACUUUCUUAUGUGCAGCUGCGCCCCAGGUGAAGCAUCCGGUGAACCACUACCAGUGCCUUCCGGAAAGCCUUGAAGUUUACCAUGACUUUGUCACUGGUGGGCGAACACAAGCUGCUCGAGCGAGACGGCUGGGUUUCGGAAAGUCCCGGACAGUUUACGUUGACCCUGGCUCCUCGGAACACGUUCUGAAGUUGGCGCCACCACAAGGCCACGGGCCAGAACCGGAAGCUUGGAGACGGCUCCCUCAUAUAGUGCCGUGCACUUUGGAUGCGGGUAUUCACCUGCUCACGCUUUCUUGGAAGAGCUGCUAUGAUAUCAUCCCCACGCAUGUUUUGAGGCAGUCUAGGCUCACUCCACUUUCGGUGUGGAGGCCAGCUCCGCCGGACCUUGAUAUGGUCCGCUACAUGAUGGCACUGACUGCGGAGGCCUCCCGUUUCUACAAUCUCAAGGAUCUUGGCUUUUUCAACUUUGGUGUUGAUGCCCGUGGCUUCAUUAUGAUGUGGGACACCGCAGACUGGCUUCCAUGGGAGGGUCAAAGGGCACACUGGCCGAACAGACAGCGCGCCUCGGCUUUCUGGAGCGCGGUCAAGAGGAGUGUUCCAGACCACUUUCAGGAGCUACUCCAGCUUGUCAGCAACACCUCGCCUGAGGAGGUGCUGCAACGGCUACGACCACUCCUUACGCAGCACUACAAGUGGUGCCUGCUACAGCAGGGAGUUUUCCUUGGUGACUAG